AUGGAGAAACCUACGUCGUAUCCCCAUCGACUCGAAGGUCGUCACAUCAGAGUCCUGGAACUGAAGCCAGGCUCAGCAGCAGAUCCGCUCCAAGCGCGGCUGGUGGAGGUUGAUCUCGACGCAGCAGGGCCCUUUGAAGCAUUAUCAUAUGUUUGGGGCGACCCAAGGCGCUCACUGCGCCUUCGCAGAGGCGCAGAGACGCGGCUCAUCUGGGCAGACGCGAUCUGCAUCAACCAGGAAGAUCUCGACGAGUGCCCUCAGCAGGUGCAGUUGAUGCGCGAUGUCUACUCCUGCGCAGAACGAGUUGUAGUCUGGCUCGGCGAGGGCGGCGAUCAGAGUGUAGAUCUGGCGGUAUCUUUGAUGGGUGCCAUCUAUGCGGCCUGCGAAGGAUCGGCGAAGACUGCCGGCGUCGACUUGCACGCCCACGCCGUCUCGUCUAGGCCAUUUGAGGAUGUCGCACUGUCGACCCUGCAAGGAGACGUAGCGAGUCUGGUGCAAGAGACCGUCUUGGCCAGGUCGUCCAAAGUAUACGUCGGCUCGCUCUCGCUGCCUUGGCUGACUGUGGGCGUCGUGGCAUCGUGGCUCAACACCAUGGACAUUUUGGCUGACUUCAACACCACGCCCGAGCUGAAGGACAUCCCGUACUAUGAGGCCUACUGCAUGUUUGACACGGAAGACGUGGACGAGGCGAACCUGACCCAGACGCUCAAGAAAUACCGUGAUCUCAAGGCGACUGAUCCGCGUGAUAAGGUUUACGGCGUGCUGGGGCUCGUGAACCCGGCGGCUGACCCCCAUGUCCGGAUGAUCGAGGUGGACUACCGCCGUGAACUAUGGGAGGUCUACGGGGAUGUUGUCAAGAGCACGAUUGCGAGGACAGGGGAUCUGAGCGUGCUGUCACUUGUGAAGCAUGUUAUCGAAUUUGAUGAUAAUGAUCUAUUCCCCUCGUGGAUCCCGAGGUGGGAUAGCGCCACGCACGUUACGGUCAUGUAUGACGAGUGGCUCGAAGGCGUGUGGAAGGCCAACGGGGACGAGCACCCUUUGGGGAGGUUUAAUAUCACUCCUUCUGGCGAGGUGACGCUGAAAGGCUUAGAGUUUGACACUGUAGAGUGGGUGACAGGUCCCAUGGAUGUCGAUGAAUUCGGGGAUCUUCCACCAGCAACAGAGCAUCCCUUCGUCAAGAUAUGGGACAAAUGCUCCCAGGGCUCCGAGGAUCCAAUACUUCUUAUCAUCACCCUAGCUGAUGUGCUUACCGCAAACUUGUCAGAGAACUGGGUCCUGCUGGAUUCUCUUGAGGAUGAUGAACGGCAGCAAAUCCACGGGGACUUCGUCGCCUAUCUCAACCACCUUCUUGCUUCAUCUGGCAGGCAAGAUCUUCUGGUGCAGCCGUCUCCCGGUGAGGACGACUGGAAGAGGUAUAAGCUGAUAGCGUCUCGCGUCUGUGAUCAGCGACGGUUCUUCGUUACAAAGAGAGGUUAUCAUGGCCUUGGAUCUGGCUCUGCGAGAGAAGGGGAUGUGCUGUCUGUGUUGGCUGGGGGUCCGAUGCUAUACAUCCUACGACGAAUAGAAGGCCGUUUUCGAUUCCUAGGUGAAGCGUAUGUCGACAACCUAAUGCAGGGGGAAGCUUGGCAGGAGAAAGACAUUCAACAUACAUGGACGGGUAUCACCCUCUUUUGA